ACCUCGCUUUAAAUGAUCACGAAUCAACUGGCAGCAUGAGAACAACAACAAAAACGUCACGUCUCGUGCACGCGCUGGAACUAACCACGCGAUGGAGAUUGACAAGAUGGCGAACAUUUUUAAAACAGGAGAGUAGCAACCGUGAAGGAGAGUGUCGAACCUAUACCAUGUCCUGGGACGUUCCCGUUUCUCUCCUCACUGUGGUUACCGUGGUACUAUGAAGCCAGUUUGACACCGACACGUGCACUCUCUGCCUCGCACACAAACCAACAGUCAGUUCUAGACUGACGCAGGCUGCCCGCUCGGCCGGCAGGCCUGUGUGAUGGACAGGUGUAAGCAUGUGGGGCGGCUGCGCCUGGCCCCAGACCACUCCAUCCUCAACCCUCAGAAAUGGCAUUGUGUGGACUGCAACACCACCGAGUCCGUUUGGGCCUGCCUGGGCUGCGCGCAUGUUGCGUGUGGUCGUUACAUCGAGGAACAUGCUCUUCAGCACUUCCAGCAGCAGCGCCACCCACUGGCAAUGGAGGUCAAUGAGCUCUAUGUUUUUUGCUACCUGUGCGACGACUAUGUGCUGAACGAUAACGCUACUGGAGACCUCAAGCUACUACGCAGCACUCUGAGCGCCAUUCAGAGCCAGCGCUAUGAGGUCACCACUCGCAGUGGGCGCACCCUCCGCUCCACUAGCGCUGCAGCAGAUGCUCUCAUACCCUGCGGUGCCAGCGAGCUGCAGCUGAGAGAUGAGGACCGAAUGUUUACUGCCCUCUGGCAUCGCCGCAGGGCUCUUAUCGGACGCACCUUCCGCUUUUGGUUUGGGCUGACUGAGUGUGGGAAGAGAAGAGAGGAAGAGGAGAGAAAGAGACAGCAGGAGGAGGAGCAGCGACGGGAGGCCAGGGAGAGACGGCGUGCUUUAAAGAGGCAGCUACAGGAAGAGCUGGAGAACGCUCCUCUGAGAAAGAGCAGGCGUUUGCGUCGGAAAAGCCAGAGAGUUGUGGAUACAGCAGUCGCACCAGCUGUUAAAAAGGAUCGCAAAAAGACUAAAGCUCAAGCGGCCUCGUCUCAAGCCCGCAGGCCACGGACUCAGAGUUCAGCCUCUGUUGCUCCUAAGAAAGCCAGGCAGGCAAAGAAGCCCCAGCCUGCUCCCAGAUCCCAGAGACGUUCCUCUAACGUCAAACCUAAAACCAGAACCCCAUCCAGCACAACUCGCACUGCCCAAACCCCAAUCCGCCGCAAGCAAAGUACCAAACAGGACGGCUCACCGUUCAAACGGCGUCCCACAGUCACUCCUGGAGUGACGGGUCUGAGAAAUUUAGGAAACACCUGCUAUAUGAACUCCAUCCUGCAGGUGCUAAGCCAUCUGCAUGUUUUCAGGGAGUGUUUUCUGCGUCUGGACCUGACCCAGGCUCUGGAGCUACUAGCUUCUGCCGUCCAUGGCCAACUAACUGUGAAGACCACAUCACAGUUUCCCCUGUCUCAAAGAAAGGGACUGCAGUCAACCUCGGGCUCCAGCACAGGGCUGAGCGGAGGGGCAUCGCGGGGCCGCAGCAUGGAGCUAAUCCAACCCAAAGAGCCCAGCUCAAAGCACAUCUCCCUUUGCCACGAGCUGCACACUUUGUUCCAGGUCAUGUGGUCCGGCAAGUGGGCGCUGGUCUCGCCUUUUGCCAUGCUCCACUCGGUGUGGCAGCUGAUCCCUGCGUUCAGGGGCUACGCUCAGCAGGACGCUCAGGAGUUCCUGUGCGAGUUGCUGGAUAAGGUGCAGCAGGAGCUGGAGAGCACCGGCAGGACCACGACCACGGCCGGAGUCCCACAGAAACGCCUCAUCAAGCAGGUUCUGAGUGUGGUCAACACCAUCUUCCACGGGCAGCUUCUCAGUCAGGUGACGUGCCUGGCCUGCAGCCAUCGCUCCAACACCGUGGAGCCUUUCUGGGAUUUAUCUCUGGAGUUCCCAGAGCGCUAUCACAGUAACAGCAGAGAGUCGGCCGCUCAGGCUUCGUGCCAUCUGACGGAGAUGUUGGCCAAGUUUACGGAAACGGAAGCGUUGGAGGGAAACAUCUAUGCCUGUGACCAGUGCAACGCUGCAGCCAGACGACGAACAUGCUCCAAAACUGUCAUCCUGACUGAAGCGCAGAAACAGUUGAUGGUCUACAAACUGCCUCAGGUCCUAAGACUUCACCUAAAACGCUUCAGGUGGUCCGGGCGAAACCAUCGGGAGAAGAUUGGCGUCCACGUCAGCUUCGACCAGCUCCUGAACAUGGAGCCCUACUGCUGCAGAGAAUCGUCGCCUAAAAGUGUGCCCUGCUCCAAUCCCAGCAGCCCCAGCUCCCCGGGGUCACCGCGCCCAAAGCACUUCCUGUAUGAGCUCUCCGCUGUAGUGAUGCAUCACGGGAAGGGCUUCGGGUCAGGCCACUACACCGCCUACUGCUACAACACAGAGGGAGGCUUCUGGGUUCACUGUAAUGACUCUAAGCUGAAUGUGUGUUCGGUGGACGAGGUCUGUCGGGCUCAGGCCUACAUCCUCUUCUACACACAGCGAGUAACUCAGGACAAAGACCGGCCACUCUAGAACCAGGACCCGUGAAGAAUCUUCACCUCCACUAUGUCCUGACCACGAUGUCAGCAAAGCCCCGUCUGAUGCUCUUCAGUAUUUCAUCAUAACCUGGGAUCAUGGAACUUUUCUUAUUUUUCUAAUUUUGAAAAAAAAAAGAAAAAGUGAGCGGCAGGAGUCCUUUUGUAAAAAUCCGGUUCUGCUUUGUGAACUUGUUGUAUAUGAUGUUUAUAUAUGUAGGUAAAGAAAAUGUUGUGAUUUAUGUACAUUUGUAUUUUAUAAAGAGAGUAUCAGCCAAGGUUUGUCUCUGUAGCAGCGGGCAGGGUGGGUGGGAUUCGCCUGCCGGCUCUUUGAUUGUAAAUCUUUUUAUCAGCUCAAAUGUUUCUCAGUCACUUUAGAUCUUUGAACUGGAUGUAGGUUAACAUGUCCGUCACUUAAGAAGAAAUCGGGAUGACAUUUGGUUCCUUCUACCAGAAAUGCACUAGUUUCUACAGUUUUGACUUUUCAUUUCAAUAAUGAUGGUUGUUUUUAAAAUAUGAAAAAAAUACAGGACAGAGUUUGUGCUAAAGUCGUCCUGCCUCUGAAGCAGAAUCUCUGCCAAAGCCUAGGAGGAAAGCUAAUUUGGAUUUUUUAUUUUAUCAUGCUGCCACCUUUCUGCUCCAGAAUGUAACAACUUAAGAGUCCCAAACAUCCCCCAACCAAACAAUAUUAGAAAAGUGUCCUUUUAUCAGAGUCCAGUAUUUUUAUAGUUCUUAUAAAUUCAGCAAAAGUGGAAUCUGCAGCACUGCGGUUCUACACAAACCAGCAUUUUGGAGCUAUGAAUGUAUUUUUAUAUGAACUGUAAAGGUUUUUACAAAAAAUGACCAUCAACUGUUAAAUUUUUUAUAUAACCCCCUCCAUCACCAGCAGCUGUUUAUGGAUUUUACUGUAUGAAUCUGGUUUGUUUAUAUUGAUCAUUGGGGAAGAAUCACAGCACACUUUACGUUUUCCUUUCACUGUCAGACGGUUUGUCGUUUCGGUUACUACUCCAUGGUGUGUUUGUGUUCAUGAGUGUGUGUAAAUUUUAUGAAAGUUAUGCUAUGCAAAUUGUUACCUCAGUUUUUAUUUCUGGAAAAAAUUACCUCAAUAAAUGAGAUUAUUUUUUCAUUUU